AUGAUUGACUCAUUCCAGACGACCUUCUCGGUCCCCAUGACCUGUGGGAGCUGUGUGAAGAGCGUGUCCGAGUCUCUAUACAAAGUUGAAGGGAUCACGAAAGUCGAUGUAAACCUGCAGGAACAGCUUGUUCUCGUCGAAGGCACCGCGCCACCGAGCUCAAUCGUCUCUGCAAUCCAGAACACUGGCCGGGACGCGAUUCUCCGUGGCAGCGGGACUACAAAUAGCUCUGCGGUCUGCAUUCUCGAAACGCAUUCCAACAUUGUUGCCAAUAAGAUCCGUGGUCUCGCCCGAAUGGUGCAGGUUUCCUCUAACAUGACUCUGGUCGACUUGACCAUCAACGGUCUGUCGCCUGGGAAAUACUACGCGACCGUGCGAGAGGCUGGUGAUAUAUCACGCGGUGCAGAAUCUACCGGUGGGAUCUGGGAGUCUCUCAAGAACAAGGUGCUAGGCACCGACACCGCAACCCCGGACGAAAAGGAAUCCCGCGGUGUCUUUGGCAGCGUGGAGGUGGACCAACAUGGCCGCGGCAAUGUCUUCCUUGACCGGCCAGUGGCGAUUUGGGAAUUAAUUGGGCGCAGCAUGGUUGUCGCAAAGAGCAAGGAGGGUCCGUUCCAACGAGAAGACGAAAACACCCUGGUGGGAGUCAUCGCCCGUAGUGCAGGAGUGUGGGAUAACGACAAGAUGGUCUGCUCCUGCUCUGGCAAGAAUGUCUGGCAGGAGCGACAGGAACAAGUCAGUCAAGGCAUGGUCUGA